CCGGCCACUUCAACAAUGGAGGAGAAUAGAGUACAGAACAAGCCAAAGGUAAGAGAUCAAACCCAGUAUAGAGGCAUCCGAAGGCGGCCUUGGGGAAAGUAUGCAGCAGAGAUUCGAGACCCUACAAGCAAUGGGGUACGCCGUUGGUUAGGUACAUAUGACACAGCUGAAGAGGCAGCAAGGGCUUAUGAUCGAGCUGCUUUCGGCUACCGGGGUCGUUUAGCCAUCCUGAACUUCCCAAAUGAGAGCCAAUACCACAGUUCAUCAUCAACAAGCACUUCUGUUACAUCAGCUUCGCCACCCUUAUCAUCGGCCUUUUCUUCAUCUGCUGAUAAUAUUGAGAAGAACUACGGAAAUGUAGAAAGUGAAGUUAUAGAGUUUGAGUAUUUAGACAAUAUGAUAUUGGAGGAGCUUCUUGCAACACAAGAAAGUUCAGGGAAACAAAAAAUCCAAUUCUGA